UAAUAAUAAAAAGUGCAGUCUGCAAUUUUCCUAAAGAUGACUGCCGCUCAAACUGCCCUACCACUUCGUCAUUUCUAUCCCCAGAUAGAAGGAUCCGAGCAUCUUUCACAAAAUUUGGCUUCCAAUGAAAUAUUUACUCCAUUCCAACCUGACAGAAUCACGGUCAGUCCAUCCAGUUUUGAACGGUACCGAGCAGGCAUUGAAAAGCAGCCGAGAUUGCCAUGGGGAAGACUUCGUGAUUAUGGAGGGCUGCAAAAAGUUCAGAUUCCAGACGAAUUCAUAAAACUGAAAACUUAUCCACCAGACGUCGUGCAAAAGGGGCAUCGACAUUACGGAUCUGGUGCCAGCGAUCCGCGUGAUCUGGCUGAACAACAGUUUUAUGACAUCACACACUUACAGAAAAGCCACGUGAGAUCGAAUGAUCAGUUGCUGCCCAACACACCGUCCAAGCAUAUGAACGAAAAUCAGAUUGACCUUCCGUUUCCUGCUGAAUCACCAUAUUAUUCCCACACAUCACGAUUUGCUCUCAUUCCAAAUUUCUCAAGUCCCGACGACCCUGCUGCAGGGGAUCCUUCCAGAACUAUGUCUCCACUUCAUGCAAACGCAUCCGCCAAUCCGUAUCAAGUUAUGAUAAUUAAUAAAACUAAAGGUUCCCCGUAUCGAAGAGAGCUUCAAGAAUAUCCAUUCGAAAGUGAUAAGAAGGCUCUGACUUGGAAUGGAGAAAGGGAUUUCUAUCAAUUGAUGAAAUCACCUUCUGGGGGAAAACAACCAUACUAUCCGAGUCCUCCUAAAGUGGUUCAUCCAAAUUUACGCCUGAGAGAUGAAAAUCAACGCAUUGAGCUGAGAACAGCAAAUUCUCUGCGUAAUGUUGAGAGAGAUCAGUGGAAAACAGUUUAUCAAUAUAAUUACACAGGUUACGGAGAGUCAAACGCAAUGCAUCUAGAUGACUACCAUAAGAAAGCGGUCGCUGAAAUAACUGAAUUCCGUGAUGCAAGAAACGACGAAUUGGUACCCAAAACUGCCCCAACUUUCUCUUCACCUCGCCCCCAGGAAGGGAGAUACGCUAGACUUUAUCAAAACAGAAAACAAAUUUCAGCGCCCAUUCGAUAUCCGGAUGAAAAUCCAUAUCCGGAUUCACCAGAUGUCAUGGAUAUACGGGAAUAUUCGUCACUUCCUGACAAGUCACCAAGUUCUAGAAGUAAAGACGAAUGGUACAGAACGAGGUCCGCAACUACCGCUGGAAAUUAUAAGAAAGGUGAAUCCGAAAAUAACGACGAUGAGGGAGAAGAAGUCAAAUGGAAAACAUAUCAACUGGCCCAGACACCGGACUAUGGUAUAUCAUCUGUUGUAAUGAAAAGAGUUUCCGAGCCGGACCCAUUCAAGUCUGGAGAAUACGACCAUUUACCUAAAAGCAUUCAAGAACAAGAACGAAAAGCAGAAGCCAGACAAUCUUAUCUUAAAGAUUAUGAUGCAGAGAGAACAGAAAAAUUCAAGGAAAUUGAUCGAUUCCAUAAACAGAGACAACUUGAAUUGCAAUAUUUAGCAGAACAUGACAUGCACGCUUUACGAAAUAAAACUGAUCAAAUGGGAAACAGAGUCGAACCCAAAGCGAUGGAUCAACAUGCUAUGCAAUCGCUAGUAGACGAUUCUCGAAUGCAAAGUCUGAAUACUUCGGGAUAUGAAAGUUCAGAAAGAUUUGACACUGGAUUAGACAUCAGCACCAAGAAAAUAUCCGAUGCGGGACUUUUGACCGACAUGCACGAUAGGCAAUUAGAUGGCUACAAAAAUAUAAGUGAUUCCUGGAUACGAGAUAUACCUAAGGUUGAAUCACCGAGGCAAAAUCACGCAGGUCUACUAGACAGUUACGUAAACCGUUCAAAUCCAUUUUCAUUGAGUUUGAAUAGCGCAAGAGGUCCAGCAACUGCUCGUACUGGAGAGGGUUCACUGAGAAGAAGUGCAUCAACAGGAUCGAUACUAAAAACUCCUGGAUCUCCACCUAGAACUGGAGCUAGCAAAAGUAUUUCUUUCAGCGAGGUUGUGCGUGUGGUUUCAUCCGAGUACGGAGAUAAAUUUCGAGUGACAACUUCUCCACUGAACAGAAGAGAUGGAAAUCUGACCAAGAAAGAAAGAAAAUUGCACAAUUUAAGAAGUCCGACACCAUUGCCAACACCCAUAAGAAAUCGUCGCGAACCAUCAAUACAUUCAAAUAUUUCGCCUCGCGGUCCGGUUUUGAGAAGUUCGAACGAUUUUCCUCAAAGAAAUACUGCACCUACUCCACAUCACAAUUGGAGAUGGAAUUACGAUACUCGUUCCAGCGCGGAAUUUGACCCAAUGGUUUGGACACCGCGACCAAGCACAACAAUGCCACAAACAUCUCUUCUAGGUAUUCAAGAUAAUUGGACCAAGACUGAUGCACAUCGUCGAUUCCACAAAGACUUCCCCGAACAAGCUCCAGAUUUUCGUGACAACACUCGUUUAUAUGAAUUAGCAGAUAAAUCUGCUGAUCUUCGCUUCACAAGAUCUGCACAACACAGAGAAAAACGACACAAAUUUUACGGCUUUAACAGUUAUGAUUUCUACAACGGAAAUCUAGUGAUGUAAAGAAAAAUUCCUAGACUGAGAAAAUUUGUGCAUUGUACAUCAAUGCAUGCAUGGUUUUUCAUAAGCAAAUUAGUAUAAUCCACCGCAAGAUAAUUUAGUCAAAAAUACUCAUUUGGAAUUGAUUAGUAGUUCGUUGUUGAAUGAACUUCUUUGUAUCCAAUUUGCAUGGUUUUUAUGGCUGGACUUCAAUAAAUAUGGUCACUAGAUAUACAAAUUUUUCAAUGAGAGCGAGGAAAAAUAGGGUUUCAAACUUCUUGAACUCUAUGAAUUGAUUAUAGCAUCUUACAUAAAGAAUUUUUGACCGACAAAUAGCUAAAUGGUAUUGUUAUUUCAUUUGCAAGUUAUGCUUAGCAAAUAAGCAAACAUCUGACUAUUUAUUUGUACUGAUAUCUGAGAAAAACCACUUUAUUGUUUUUAGUCGUUUAUCAGUUUUUUGUUUAUCUUCGUUGAAAUCGAUUACACGGAAAUUCUUAUUUGCACUUAACAGAAUAUUUUAUUCAAUGAGAUUAUAUAUUUGUUUUGAUCUUUAUUGCCUUCUCGAUUUCAAAUGAUUUCAUAAAUUAAAUCUUCUUAUUUUGUU